AUGACUUCGUCCCCUAGCUCUCAAGAACCUUGGUCACUUGUUGGCAAGACCGCCAUCGUUACCGGAGCAUCUCGUGGCAUCGGAAAGGCUAUCGCCAUUCACUUAGCCCGUAAGGGUCUUUCCAUGUUGGCCAUUACCUUUGCAAGCAACUCUCAAGCUGCACAGGACACUCUGGACGAGUGCCGCAAGCUCGGAGUCGAAGCCGCCGUCGCAAUUCAAGCAGACGCUCUUGACCCUUCGUUUGGAACAAAGGUCGUCUCUCAGACUCUCGAACACCUUUCCACCGAGUCGAUCGAUAUUCUUGUCAACAACGCCGUCCUUGGCGACCCCUCCAAAGUGCAGCCAGUCAGCAACACAACACUGCCGGUCUUUCCUGAGGUGAUGCAGGCGAAUGUCUUCGCCCCCAUCUCCUUGGCCACCGCUGUCCUGCCGCAUUUGCCACCUUACGGGGGCCGAGUUGUUGCCAUAUCGAGUGUGCUGGCUUAUCAGGCCAACUUGGAUCCCACCAUGACUUAUGGAGCCAGCAAAGCUGCUCUUCAGAGCUACACGCGCUCGCUCGCUGAACAGUUCGGCAAGACCACCAAGGCUACCUUCAACAGUGUCAUUGUUGGUCUAACGGCGACUGACACGAUCAAAAACAGUCAGGAUCUGCUUCCUGCAGGGUAUAUGGAGGGGCAAAUUCGAGACACAACGGCGGCUGACCGCAUCGGGGUCCCCGAUGAUAUUGCUUAUGCUGUUGGGUUUCUUGCUAGCGAAGAGUCCCGUUGGGUCAAUGGGGCUGCUGUUAGUGCCAAUGGAGGAAAUCGCCUCGUGAUGUCUGCUCUCGGAUAA